GAUGCCAUAAAGAUAGUAAAUUUGUUAUUUUUUUUGCUGCAGGGGAUCCCGAUUCUGGUGAAAGCGGAUUCGGCAGGGAACGACUCUGUUGCCAUGGAGGGCAAAGGUGCAGCUGGAGAGGUAUAGCACAGACGUUUGCUUCUGGUUAUCGUUAAUAUAAUUGGGAUACACGUUCAGUGAUGUUGAUAUUUGAUGCAGGUGUUAGGAACCACAGAGCCUCGUGAUGGUGGAGUAAUUGAAGAUGUACGAUUGAUGUUUUGUUGGAAAAGAGCAUACAUAUCUUUCUAAACGUCCUACGGACACUGAUAACCACUUCUUUGUAUUUUGGUAGAAUCCCCUGGAUGAGUCUGACGAUGCAGGCUCUGGCGAUGAGGUUAAGACGCCUGACGGGCCGCCUUGUGUUGAUGUCGGUGAUUCUCCCGUUACUCGAUCAGCACCCCAUAGGCCUGUUGCUCAGGAGGAGGAGUUGGCUGCGGUUCUUUUGGGGAAGGAUCAGUAUGUUGUUUCGGAUAUUGUGCCUACGGAAGAAGACGUAGAUUACCCCUUCUUUGAGAAGGUCUUGGAGGCACACUCUGAAGUGUAAGUCUUGUUGUCGCGUUAUAACAAAUCUUGCAAAAAUCCGUCUACACAAGUUCUAAUUGUUGAGAUGCAGGUUGCAUUUAAACGCCGGUGGACACAACCUGGACAACCAGUUUUUCCUUGAUUUGGCAACACCACAGAAAUGGAUCACCAGCACGCACAUGGAGGUUUUGAUGGAGCAUAUUGACGCUCGUUGUGGGGAUGUUGCCAAACUUAACAGAGCCAUGUUCUUGCCUCCAUGGUUUACAGCCCAAGUGCAGAGAAAAGUCAGACAUUUCAACGCAGCCAAAGCGAAAGAUACGGUAGCUGGUGAUGUUAAGAUCACGAAGUACAUAACGCAGGAUGGGCUUCGGUGGGGUGUGGAUGUUGACACCUUGUACGCGCCUAUGAUAUGGGGUGAUGACCACUGGGUGGGAUUAUGUAUAAGCCUAACGGAGUGGAGUAUCCAUGUGUUGGAUCCGAACCCAAAGUUGAAUUCAAUGGAGGCUGUUAACUCCUUGAUGAAGCCCUUAGCGGAGAUGUUGCCUUACAUAGCUCAGAAUGUGUGCCCUUCGGUUCAAAGUGGAGAUAGUCAGCAGGAGCCUUUUUUGGUUGACAGGAUGGGUGGUGCUUAUGUGAAUCUCCGGAGCGGUGAUUGCGGGCCAGUGGCGGUGAAGUACAUGGAGAUUCUUGCAACCGGAAAUAAUCCGCCAAGCGUCGCGGGGCUGACUGACGAAUUGGUGGACAUAUUCCGCAAGCAGUAUGCGAUGGACAUCUACGGCCGUUUGGUCCUACCGUUGUAUUUGCGUUGAUGAUGUCCUCCUGGUGUGUUUUUAGUUUUUUGGAUGAGUAACGACCGUUGUUGUAGGUUAAUCUUUUGUUGUAUAGGCAUGUUGGCCCUUUUUUCAUCCAGUACUUGUUGUGCUAUGGUCGGCUUUGAAAUCUUGAGGCAUGUGGACCUAUUAUCUAUGCUUAUGGUAUUAUCUAUGUUUAUGGAUUUUGGCUGUGCUUUUGUUUUUAGUACUAGUGUCCUUUGACUUAUUCCUGUCUUUACGCAUGUGUACACUAAGGGUUUACACUAGUUUUGGAUGGCUACACUUAAAUUGUGUACAAAUAACGUCGGUAUGCCUUGA